AUGUGUAGCGAUGACGCCAUCGGCUGCCGUCGCGUGACGUCGCUCCGCGGCCGCCUGCCCGCCGUCCGCCAGUCUCUGCUCGAACGCGGCACGGACCGUGUAGACCCGCUGCGAUGUGAACGCCUAAACCUAGACCUGUCUACAACGGCAGCUUCUGUUCAGAGUUCAUCGUUGGAAUUAUAUCUGGGCAUCUGUUCUGUGGCGACAUUGAUGGAGUUCCGCUUGGACAGCGCGGAGUACUGCCAGGCCCAACACAAA